UACUGUCACAACACAUAACUUCUUUUAAUGGAGGAAAAGGAAUAAUACAAGAUCUCAAUACACCUCAUUUCCCAAGAAAAGGCAAAGGCUCUAAAGAUGAAAAUCACAGGCAUCUUAAUCUUGCUUUGGGAACUGUCACUUUUAGCAACAGGCCUAAGCUGUACUUUUAAAAUAGAUGGCAGUCAUAAUUUCACUGCAAAGAACCAUACUUCACUUCCACAAAAUAUAAAUAAAAAUGUUACUAUACUUGAUCUCAGUUAUAACCAAAUCACCCUGAACAGAAUAGAUAUAAGUAUUCUUCAGACACAUGUUUUACUAACUGAACUCAAUCUGAACAACAACAAAAUUGUUUUCCUACAUAAUAAUAGUUUUGGUAGUCUUUCCAGCCUGGAAAUUUUAAGUAUCAGCAGCAACUCUAUCAAUACAAUUGAGCAGAAUGCUUUUGUAGGAUUAGAUAAACUAAAACAAUUGUGUCUUUGCCAAAAUAAAAUCGCUCAACUGAAUCCUUCUACAUUGAUACCUCUAAAAAGCCUGAUGGCUUUGAAUUUGCAAAACAACAUGAUAAGUUUUUUUGAUGUUCCAAGACAAUUUCAACUGGAAAAAAUAAUUUUAUAUGGAAAUCCAUGGAACUGCUCUUGUAGUCUAUAUAAUUUACAGAACUGGUUGAAUACCUCAAAAGUAAUACUAGAAGGUGAGAAUAUCACAAUGUGUAGCUCUCCAGAUGCCCUAAAGAACUACAGCAUCAAAGCAGCACCUUACGAGAAUGGAUGUCAUUCAAAAUCUCCCUUACCUAUAACUCAAUUUUCUAAUAUUCAUUUCAAGUCCUCUGGCAACUCAACACUUUUUCAAAAUUUAAAUGACACUGUGAACAACAUAACAAAAAAUGCAGAAUCUGAGCCUCUUGGUAAAAGCUGGGCCCUUCUUGUUGGUGUUGUAGUUGUGGUCCUGGUAACUUCACUGCUGAUUCUUAUUGCUUUCAAAUGCCCAACAUGGUAUAACAUUUUGUUUAGCUACAAUCAUCAUCGCUUGCAUGAGCAAGAGGGUGACACAUAUGAAGAAGAUUUUACUGUAUACUCCAAUUCUCUUCCACAAAUACCAAAUACAAACCCAGAAGAAAAUAUAGUGAUAUUUGAUCAAUUAAGUGCAUUUGUGGUAGACGAAGAUGGGUUUAUUGAAGACAAAUACAUAGAUGCUCAAGAAAUGCGUGAAGAAAACUAAUUUUGUUCAAAAUUUGAUUCUUUGUAAGUGGACUGACAUAUUUUUAAUUUAAUAAGGCAUAGAUUUUGUUGUACAUCAAAUAUCAAACCACAACUAAAACUUCCUAUAUUUGUUAAUACACACACACACACACACACACACACACACACACACACACUAAUGACCAUUAUGAAAUGGUUAAAAGAAAAAUUUUAAGAAGUGGACAAUCCCAGUAAUAAAUAACUGGUAAAGCAUAGUAGUAGUAAUAUGAGGAUCUGAAACUAAUAACUUGUCAAUUAUUAGAACACUGGAUCCCGACUCAUUCAUAUGUACUAGCUAAGCCCUAUUAUUCUCUAACAUUUACAUCAGAUCCUAGAUUUGGAACUGGAUGAAACUUUAGAGGUCAUCUAUAUAACCAUCUCAUUUUACUAAUGAGGAAAAUGAGGGCCCAGAGAACUUAAGGUACUUGCAUAAGUCACAGAGGUUGCAGAGCUGAGGUUUGAACACAGGUCUUUUCAUUCCAAAUUCAUUACUGUUUCCACUAUACCAUGAACAAAAAAGCUGAUACUUGAAAAUGACAGUAACUGAAAUUAAUUAUAAUUAUGUUCAUAAAAUUAACUUAUCACUUAGAAGGUACAACUGAUUGCUUUUCACGGGUUCAGUGGAAUUUCUCUAAUUCUGGUGACAAUUUAGAGCAGUGCUUUAACUGAACCUUAUAUUGGUGCAAUCACAAAAUAAAUGGCCACUGAUUUUAAUAAUGUGGAACAGUCAUAACCACACUGACAUGCUGUCUAGCGACUAAAGUGAAAUACAUAUGCACACACACAUAAACACACACAAAUACAUGUAUUUAUUUCAUUCCUCACCACUUUCUGUUCAAUUAUUUUCAAUCAUAAAAGACAGGUAAUUGUUGUAGAUAGCUACAACAGAUGCAUACAGCAAAAUAUACUAUAAUUCUUUACACCUUCUACCUAUGAAAAAAUGAAAGAUAAUACUAAGAAGUAUAGACUUCAUUGUGCCAAUAAGAAUGAUUUAAUUUCACAUAAUAAUCCGCAGAAAAGUAAUUUCAAAACUUAAAAUUUUAAAUGCGACCCAAAUCUCUACCAAGAAAAAAAAGUUAUCAGAGAUGGAUGCACAUAUUCAGUGAUAAUAGGGCAAGAGGAUGAGACAUUUGUCAUUUAUAAUAACAUUUAUAUAUCUGUCUAAUUUUAAGAAUGUUUAUAAUAAAACAGAAAUGUAUGUUGAGGGAAGUUAUAUGUGAUACCUUUUGUAAGAUCAAAUUGCUUGCUUAUAAUUGCUUAUACCAUAUUGCUAAAAAUAAUUAACAUUCAGAGGAUAAGAACAUAUUUUUUCAACUAUUUAACAACCUGCUAUGCAAUGUAAUUACAUAAUUAUAAUAAUUUAAUAUUUUAUCUAUCACUCAGCAAUGUUAAUGAAACAAAACAUAAUUAUUAAAGGACAGGAGAUAAAGCUCUCCAAUAUGCUGAUGGUACUACCUAUAAUACCCUGUGGUUGUUAAAUAAAUAUUAUUUGACUAACUAAUAUCUUUAAAGUUUUAAAAGUCAUAAAUUCCAAAAUGUUUUUUUAAAUGGAUUUUUUAACCAAUACUAAAUCAAAAGCACAGCUAUAUAGCUUUAGUUUUAAUUGACAUCUAGAGAGAGAGCCACACUGAGCCAUUAGGUAGAACAAAAAGCUCCUUGAAGCUGGCUUCCUUAGGGACUCAGUUUAAACAUCCCAUUAGGCCUUUCUUAGUUGACCAACUAUUAGAGCCUUCCUCUUUAAAGUUACUUCCCAUCUACAAAGUAUGUAUUUUUAUGUAGGUAUCUAUUUAUCUAACUAUCUAUUUAUCCCUCCUUUAGAACAUAAACCAUUUGAAGGAGGAAUGUGAUUUUGCCUUUUUCUGUAUUACCAAUGCCUAGCAUGAUAUCCAGCACAGAGUGAGGGCUUAAUAUACGGCUGUUGAUUGAUUAGUACAGAGGAAAACAUGCUGGUAUUGCCAUGAAGGUAGAAUGAAGUCUAGACACUGUCAUUCCCUUACAUGGUUUGGUAUGGUAACGAUAAUGGUCAAGGUCAAGCUAACCAGAACAUACAGUGAUUUUAACACAGUAGUGACUGGAAAGGCAAAAAGUCAAUGUUAGAACCUGCAUAUUUCUCUUUGCUUCUUAGAUUAGUACAGUACGUCCUGUUCCCUUUAUAUGUGAACAUUUAAAGAUAAAAUUGUUCCCUACACAUUUGUGGAGGUAACGAUUAACUUAGAAGUUUUUCUAAUUCUUGAAAUCAACUUCACAAAAUUCCUUGUUUUUAGUUUGAAGUUUAUGUUUUUUAAAAAAAAUCAUGGGAGAGACUUUCAUCCAGAAUUUCUUUUUAAAAACAUAUUUUAUACUUUAAAACUCUUCUAGUAGCAUUUUAGAACAUACUACUAAGAUUGUAAGCAUUAUUUUUCUUAAUUAAAUGUCAACCAGACUUAAAAUAUAUCACAUUCUGAAGCUAAUUCACUGGUAAUUACAAAGUUACAGUUUACAGAAUAUACAAAUAUGUUAAUUAUAAAUAAUGCCUAUGAAUAAAAUAACUAUGGAUUAAAAGGUUAGGUAAGUAAGAUUGAACCAUUCCUGUCAUUUUCUAAACUCUGCAAGUCUUUAAAAGGGCUAGGACUGUGUCUUAUAUAACUUUGCAUCUUUUAUAGUCAAUAAAAAUUUGCUGAAUGAAUGAAUAAAUUAGAAGUGGAAUAUUAGAAAUUGGAAUAUGUUUAUAAGAGAUCAGAAACUAUUCUUUUAAAAUGGAAUUUUGUAUAAUAAAAUAUUUC